CACAAUUAAUUUAAACAAUUUAGCCAAGUUAACAUGUUGCGUCAAAGUAUUUGGAAAAGGCAAGUCCUAUUUUGCCUGAUAGUGGGAUUGGUGCUGCAGCUGCAGCUGACAAAAGCUCAAAUACAGCCACGCAUAGUGGGUGGUAACUUUGCCAAAGUAGGACAAUUUCCCUAUCAAGUAUCCCUGCUGGUCAAUGGCCAACACAAUUGUGGUGGUAGCAUCAUAUCAGAGCUUUAUGUGGUGACAGCAGCCCAUUGCGUGGUCAUAGAUCAGUCUACAAUUCGAAUUCCUUUAGACAUGCUUAGUGUGCGAGCUGGCAGCCUUGUAACCACCUCCGGUGGCCAACAUGUUCCCGUAGCCGAAGUGAAAAUUCAUCCUACCUAUCGUUGGUUUAACCAUGACAUUGCCUUGGUAAAACUAGCUGAACCCCUGCAUUUCAAUGACAAUGUUAAGGCCAUAGCUUUGGCCACAAAGAAUCCCCCUUCGGGCGCGUAUGUCUCAACGUCUGGCUGGGGUCGCACAAGCACCAACGGCCCUUUUUCACCUCUCUUGAAACAUAACACUUUGGUGUCCCUAACGAAUGGCGAUUGUAAAAAAUGGUUAAAAAGUUUUGUGCCUGCCAGCGUCAUCUGUUUUGUUGGAGCCGCUGACAAUGGCAUAUGCCGAGGUGAUUCCGGUGGUCCCGCUGUUUACAAUAAAACACUAGUGGGUGUGGUGAAUUACUACGAAAACGGUUGCGGCUAUGAUCCUGAUGGGUUUGCCAGUGUUGCUCUGAAUCAUGCUUGGUUGGUAGCCAACUCUAGGACAGCUGGACCACCAGAAUCACCUUUGCAUAUGCCGUUGUUAUCGCCGCCCAUAAGGCAGAUGACACUCUUCGGUACAAAACGUUUUGAUUCUUUUUCGCAAUCGUCUCUGGUCAACGAGGUUAAGAUGGGUGAAAGACUGCCAGCUCGAAUGCUCAAUGAAGUAACAGGUAAACUUUUGAAAAAUGAAAGAAAAAUUAACACCUGCAAUGGCUAUAUGACACAUACUUCAAAUGCGACUAUAAAUAGCUCAACAAUUUUCAUGAUUAGCAAACUUGGUUGGGUGAUUUAUAGAAAACAAUCCAAAAUGAGUUUCGGAAGUAUUUUCCACAAGCAUUUGUUAAUCGCUCUUUUGUGUUUGCUGCACCAACAAGCAACAAAAGCCGGAAAGGUAAAACCUUCGCUGCCUCUACGUGCACGCAUUCUAGGUGGCUCCGAUGCUGCCGAAGGGCAAUUUCCCCAUCAGGUGUCCAUAAGGAUUGGAGAGACCCAUAUAUGUGGCGGCUCCAUAAUAUCACCUUCAUAUAUACUGACGGCGGCCCAUUGUGCAUAUGCUGGAGAAGAACCCAUUGAUCCCUCUUAUUUGAGCAUACGUGCUGGCAGCAUCUAUGUCAACCGCGGUGGCCAGGAGGCCAAUGUUUCGGAAAUAACCGUCCAUCCUUCGUAUAACGAAAACGAUAACGACAUUGCCCUCAUGAAAUUGGCGGCCCCCUUGCAAAUGAAUGAAAAUGUGCGCGCCAUUGAAUUGGCUACCGAGGAACCACCUGUUGGCUCUUUUGUCACUACUUCUGGCUGGGGACGCCUUAGCCAAGACGGUGCCCAACCUGAAAUUCUACAAUACUUUGCCAUGUUAGGUUUGCCAAAUGCCGAAUGUAAAACCUGGCUGCCCCGUCUCUCUGAUAACACCAUUUGUUUGGUCCAUUUCAAUGGGCAAGGUGUGUGCAGAGGCGAUUCUGGUGGCCCAGCAGUCUAUGAUGGCAAAUUGGUUGGUGUCACCAAUUCAGUUCUUGGUGUAUGUGGUAGAUUUGGCCCUGAUGUAUUUUCCAGUGUGGCCCAUCAUCGCGAUUGGGUGGUCAGAAAUUCGCGCGAAUAAGUGAACAAACUCUUAAAGUUAUCAAUUGUGUAAAGAAUUUUUUGGCUUGUUUUUCAGUAUUUAAUAAAGAUUAUGAAUUUUAAAACUAA